AUGAAUUUACGAAAGAAUGAACUAGAGAACGAGAUUAAUCCUGAACAGACCCGACACAUUCUAGAUACGACGAGAGAAACCCGAAAUCAGGGUGUUUUACUGCAAAAAGAAGUUACGAAAAAGAUUGAAAACCACGUGACUGGACAUAAGCGAGCUCAUGAAGAAAAGCCAUCUAACCCACCAAAAAAGAGAAAAUCAGGAAAAAAGGUCGGGGAUACAUUGCCUGAUGGAACCAAAAUUGAGAAGCCGGUUCCUAUGAAACUGAUGGUAAUCGAAAAAAGAAUAAACGAAGCAUACGAAUUUUGGGUUAAAAAGUUUACUAGUUCUGACGUGAACAGCUAUGCGCAAGAUCAGCAAAAUAUAUUUAUAUUUGAUGGCGAUAUGUUGGAUCCUGCACACACUGAGAUUGACGUAAUACUAAAAGCAUGUUCAUAUAUCGUUGAAGGGCUGAGGAAGAGUCUUGUAGUAAAACAAAGAUGGGGAGAGUCAUUCUGCCCAUUGAGCAUAAACGCGGGCUAUAAAAAGGGUCGCAAGUGUGAUGUGCGCUUCUUAUUACCAUCAGGGGUAGACCUUGGAGAAUGGGAGUUUGCGUCAAAUGCAACACCGCACAAGUCAAUUGGCGAUCGUUGUCGAUCAGCUCGUAUUAAUCAGUCGAUAUUAAAUGGUCUGUUGAAUCGCAACCUGACCAAUGGACAGGUUAAGAAAAUCAAUGUGCCCUUUUUACAGAUUGCGGGUACGAAUGGGCAGAUGUUAAUCGAGGAUUUAACUAAGGGUUUCUAUGUUGUCUUUCCGGCAUUUUAA